UGUUGUCACCGCCAGAAAGCUGUCUGGGUUGCCCUCUCCCGCGAACACGCCCUUCCUCGACCCUUCUUCCUCCCGCCGAAAGGUUUCCUGGAUUCGGAUUUCUUUUCCCCUCCUCGGAUUCCCACGGAAUUCGAGAAACCCAAACUCUAGCAUUGAUCGUUCUUCCCAUCAUCGAGAAAUCGCCAAGUUUGGCUCAGAUUUUCGCUGGUGGGUAAGAGGUCGAUCAAUAUCUAGGGUUUGAUCGUUGCUUGUUCAGGAAGGGUUUGUUUUCUUUUCGAUUUUAGGGAAAUUUAAGGGUCCUGUCGUGGAGCGGAUGGAUUAGGGCUCGUUGUUGGAGAAUCCAAGGGUUUUGGGUGGUUCAAUGGAGCGGGGGAGGGGCGUUUCUUCUGCCAAUUCUGCCCAGGAUGAUAUCGUUGACACGACGCCUUUGCUUGGGAACUCGAACGGAAUUGGAGGCGACGACCGGAACCGGCGAGGCCUGCGGCGGCCGAGCAUCCGUGGAGCUGCGCGGUUCCUCAGGCGAGCGAGCAGCCGGCGGAUGAUGCGUGAGCCAUCGAUGCUUGUUCGGGAGACGGCCGCCGAGCAGCUGGAGGAGCGGCAGAGCGAUUGGGCAUAUUCGAGACCUGUUGUGGUCCUUGAUAUAAUAUGGAAUUUAGCGUUUGUCUUCGUGGCAGGGGCCGUGCUGCUUCUCAGCAGGGACGAGAAUCCGACUAUGCCGCUGAGGCUGUGGAUUGUGGGGUACGCGCUGCAGUGCGUCCUGCAUAUGGUGUGCGUGUGCUCGGAGUAUAGCCGGAGACAUCGAGCCGUGCAGCAGGGCAGUGGUGAGAGUCCACGGUCAGGUGCCCAGCAGGAAACGGAGGAGGUUCCAGACUAUGAUUCGUUGAGUGAUCAACCUGAGGAGAGAACCAGUCUUGCUAAGCAUCUAGAGUCAGCAAAUACAAUGUUCUCAUUCAUAUGGUGGAUCAUUGGAUUUUAUUGGGUGUCUGCUGGUGGUCAGAAUUUGAUCCGUGAUGCUCCUCAGCUAUACUGGCUAUGUGUUGUCUUCCUUGCUUUUGACGUGUUCUUCGUUGUAUUUUGUGUUGCAUUGGCCUGCAUUAUUGGUAUAGCAGUAUGCUGUUGUCUGCCUUGUAUCAUUGCAAUUCUGUAUGCAGUGGCUGAUCAGGAAGGUGCAUCUGAAGAGGACAUCAGCCGACUCCCCAAGUACAAGUUUAGGUCAGUUGGGGCGAUGGAGAAGCUUGAUCUAGAGAAAUCAGAGUCCUUUGGUGGAAUAAUGACAUCGUGUGGUGGUGGGGCACCUGUUGAACGAGUCCUUCCUGCUGAGGAUGCAGAAUGCUGCAUUUGCCUCUCAUCUUAUGAGGAUGGUGUGGAGCUUCGCGAGCUUCCCUGCGGGCACCAUUUUCACUGUGCCUGUAUAGACAAGUGGCUGUACAUCAAUGCUACUUGCCCGUUGUGCAAAUAUAACAUCAUAAAGAGCAGCGGUGAUUCAAGAGAGGAAGUGUAGGAUGUAUACGCAGUUAUUUUACUUGCAGAGUCUCUCUUCUAUGGAUCCCUUACGAUAGUCGAACAGCUGACUUAACCAGUGGUUUAAGUUUGUGCAUAUGAACUACAGGAGGCGGCAAGUUCUUUGACGAAGUGCAAAUGGUUUACCGAUGGGUCUUGCGGUGGCCCUCUUGGUGCACCGUUCGUGCUUUCGCGCGUGCUUUUUUUUUUUUUUUUUUGUUAUGUUGUGUUGUGCCCAUAGUUUUCAUACAUGCAACAUGUCCAUACUCAGCUCAAUGCUUGUGUUUGAGGAUAUUCGGUUGCUUCUAAAUGUCCACGAAAUGAUCGGGAUAUUGUUCCGUCUAGGGCAAUUAGAUUCGAUUGUGAACCAA